UACUUGCUAGCUCCUCAUCCCACCGUAAGCCAUGCCUCCUUGCCACGCCUCCUUGCGGUCAAUUAAACCAUGUAGGGUUCAAGUGGGUCCAGGUUCUAGUGGCCACACAAGAAGGCACUUGAAAGUUCUUAUCCAUGCCUAGAUAUCUGGACCCUAAACACACAAAGUCGUGGACUCUAACCCAGCCACCUGUUCUUUCCAUGAUUCUCCACGUUUCACGUGAAGCAAAGCCUCUCUGCUAUCAUACUGGAUAGCCUGUACUACUGUGGAUACGGAUGUUUGGCCUCCUUGAUCACUACCCUGUGUACGAGUUCAAAUGGAAAUAUAUGCACACCUCACAAGGCCAAUUGGCAAAGCAGCUAGCUGUCCUGAGAUUGAGUGCAUUGAAAUCAUGUACUUGUCUGGUGAUGCCUCUAGUGAGUGCAAUAGACUGACUGGGUGCGCACUGAUCUGAUGAAGUGUGUACAAACCUGUAGGCUAAAGUCGGUGUUACACUGGGGUUUUCUCAACUUUUCUGGAUCUUUAAAGCACCAGAAGUAGUAUGUGUGUAGCGUUGGUACGCUGGUGAAUUCUCUUCAUGCCAGUUAAGGUUACACUUUUGGUAGAGUUACGAGUUCAAUCUUCAUUCCAGUUCAGUUCAGUUUAAAAAAAAAUAGACAACAGUGUGUUCACUGAGACCCUUGUAUUUUGCCUCCGAGAGACUGUGGCCCGCUACAUGUGUACUAUUGAAAGCGCCCAUUUCGUCUUGGAAGUGUGCAUCACAUUGACAUUAUGCAUGCGGUCUAUUACUAGUACAUGUAUUUGGUCAGAGUCUCAUCUGUGUGUGUGUCUCUCUCUGUUUGUUUGUUUGUGUGUCGGUGUCAGUGUGUGUGUAUGUGUGUGUGUGUGUGAGUGUGUGUGUGUGGUGUGUGUGUGUGUGUGUGCAUGUGCGUGUGCGCUUAUGUGCUUAUGUGUCUGCAUGUGUGAGCAGUAUGUACUUGAAUGAGCCGUGCACACCUGGUUUGUGUCUGCAUGUGCUUGCAGUCGCCUUGCAUUCACUUUGAACACGUGUUCGUGUACAUGUUCCGCAGGACUUGUGAUUUCGCCUGACCUUUCAAACCAAUUGGACUGACUGCCCUGGCAAGGGACUCUUAUUGCCUAGCUUCUUGUUAUGGCGGCAUCAACAGUAGCGCAUAACGUCACUCGACCUGUCGUUGCUUCACAGCUGCUGCUUUCUCGCUCCUGCUGUAUCAGUUCGGCGUAUUGUCCAGCUGCACAGUGUAGCCGUGUGUUGAAACAGCAUACCGGUACCUGCUCAGUAGCUGUCAUCAGUACCAGGAACUUAGUGAGUGUAGCGGACACAGUCAGCAGCGGAAACACUGCGUCGCUGGUGACACGCCGUCACUGGCAAUGCCCUGCGGCACGCAGUGCAGCGCGUCACUAUUCCGCUCCACCGUGUGUCACAACCGCAGCGUUGCAAGGGCUGCUAGCGCAAGUGCAGCGUCUCCAGCAGGAACAGCGCAGCAACGGUGGCGGAGCACUGAGCCCGGAGCAGAGGUCCCGAUUGGCUUCCGCUUGUCAUAUGCUGUGCGCUGCGAUCGGGUCGUUGCUCGGCACCAUUCCUUACUUGCUGCAGCAAUGUUCCCGCUAUGAUGCUUUCCCGGGUGUAGCCAGCAACGGACUGCGAUCUAGUGUAUCCAUACUCUCCACGUGUACAUCGGCGCUUGAUGACAUCAUCAAGUCACUGCUUACGUCAUCGAAUACUAAGAGAGCUUUCGCACAGGCUGUGUUAGCACUUGAAGCACAUUCAGAGCUGCUCAGGGAUCACGCGCAGCUUUUUAAAGUCAUCUACGCUGUUGUGCAAGUGGACAAGACUGGCAACCUGAUCGUUGAUCAUACUCAGUUUCCGGACGACUUUCUGGACACUGCUGAGAGUAUGGAGCGGAAAAGCUUCUAUGGACGGUGCCUCGGCCUUCAUUAUGACAAAGAGGUACGGCAAGUUCUUCAACUCAUCGUGGCACUGCAGGCUGCCACCGGGAAGGCAUAUUUUUCCCGUCCACCGACACGUGCAGGGCUUGGCUUGCUGCCACUCCUACCUGAGCCGUACACAGCAGUGAGGAUUGCAGCAGACCCAAGACAGCGAGCUGCAGAUUUCCUUGACAUAACGUCCAAAUGCAAUGUGGACUUUGUGAAGCGCUUCUGGCACCUAGCUGAAAUGAAGAUCAUGGAGCUUGGCCGGGUUGUUGGAAGAGUGCCGAAAUGCAAGAUGAACAAACUGCUUCACCUGCCUCCAGAGCUGAUCACGUUUCAGCAAGAGACCAAUAGUGGCACUGAAAGUAGUGCCAGCGAGGGAGGCUCUGCUGCGUCAACUGACGGAGUGUUUCGACUGACCCCUCAGCAUGGCGCUCCCAUAGUGGUACCGCCACCGCUAUCAGCAGAUGGGAAGCCGCAGGGUGUCACCGUCCGUCACCUGGUUCCAAAGAGUGCCAGCUCCGAGCCUUCUAAGGCAGUCAUCAUUCACUUCCAUGGUGGAGGGUUUCUGGCGCAAACGUCGCAGUCACAUGUGAGUUAUCUAAGCCACUGGGCCAACCAGCUCAACGUACCCGUGGUGUCCGUUGACUACAUGACGGCCCCCGAGCACCCGUACCCGCGUGCCGUCAACGACUGCUUCUACGCAUACGCCUGGGUGCUGAGGAACGCCACCAGCCUGGGCACCACUGCCGAGAAAGUCAUCCUGGCCGGCGACUCGGCCGGCGGUAACUUUGUCUUCGGAGUGGCAUUCCUCGCUGCACAGUACCAGCUUCAGAAGCCGUGUCUGGUUCUGGGCGCUUACCCUGCUCUGAAAAUCUCACUGGAUCUGUCACCGGCACGUUGCCUAAGCGUAAUGGAUCCGCUGUUACCCAUUGGAACGCUGCGGGCAUGUUUGAAUGCGUACCGGGGAGGUGGCAGCAUGCCAGAGUAUCACCCGAACACCGGUGGCCUGUCACAGCUGCAGUCAGGCAUCCACCAACGCCAUGCCGCCAUCCUGAAUGCUUCGCCGGCCUACCUCUCUCCACUGCUGGCCAGUGAUGAGAUGCUGCACAGCUUACCAUCGGUUGCAUUGCUGCCAAGCUCAUUCGACCCACUCCUGGAUGAUUCCAUCGUCAUGGCGCGUCGCCUGCACGCACUGGGCAAGGAUGUGACACUACGCCCAUUCGACGGAGUAUCCCAUGGCUUCCUCAACUUCCACGCAGUCAGCCGCUUGGCGCGGCAAGCCACCGACGCGUGCAUUGAGUUGAUGGAUGCAGCGAUCAAGCAACAUGACCAAGAUGUUUAGUCUUGAUACAAGUAGUUCCCAUUCCAGUACGAGAUGUCACCACUCAUGCGUUCCCAGUGCAGCACCGGGCAUUUGCCCAUUGGCAGUCAUUUUACGAGUAUUGAACUAAUUUUUUAAAUAGCAAGCUUCAUAAUUAGUUUAUUACCAUCCAAGUUCAUAUCGAAGUACUGUAAGGUCUUGUAUACAAGUCGCACUUGAAUAGAAGCCGCAAUUUUGGGCCCAUCAAAUCACACAUAAGCCUGGUUUUAGUGUUGACAUACAUAGAAAUCCCUGUCUUGUAUAGAAGCCUGUCUCAUAUAGAAGCCUGCAAAAUUUCACAAAGAAAGUCAUAGAAGCCGCGGCUUUUAUACGAGACUUUACGGUAUUUAUCAUCAUUAGUCUCCCAUGGAAUUUCCUGUGUACCUUUUAUGCAAUGCGGCCAGUUUUUUUAAUGAUCAAUAGGUUAGAGAUGUGGUGACCCAGACAUGCCUGAAGAGGCCUGAGAUAUGUCAGCAAAUCCAGCUCUCUUACGAUAAAGAAACCUCUUCCAGCUCUCUUGGUCGGCAUCAUUAUAUUUUUUGGCUAGUGUGUUUUGACCACUGAGCAGCUGCACAGCAUGGUCGAUUUCAUGUCUUGAUUUUCUAGUUUCUUCGAACAUUAUUAGAUCAUAGGACUUCGGAUGUGGCUGGGAAGGUUGCUACAGGAUAAUUGG